GUCUACCAUGCCUGCUGUACGUAACAUAUAAGCGACGUAACACACAUACACAACCCGCUGAAGCAGCAGACUUUAAAGCCUUAACGUUUCUCACUUAUUAAAUCUAUCUGAAACGAGUGUCGCGGUUGCGGUCCAAAGCGAUACAGCUCCAGAAGCCGGCAUCUGGCCAUUGAGUUCGAGUUUGCAUUUCCGAUGCACGCCCUUACACCGUGUAGGCCGGUCAUUGAUACCAGCUGAAUACUAUAGCCAUUAGCGCCAUGCGCUCGAAUUAUGAAGGCCGUGCCAUCUCCUUCACCGGCAUGGCAUCUAACCGCGCCAGCACCUGCUGCAUGGACGGUCGGUCACGUGGGUCAUCUGCCAAGCACUCCCGCAGCAGCUGCUCCAUGCGGGGCUGCAGCCGCCGGGGUGACAGGCCCUCCACGCCGGCUGAACAUGUCCUUGUUUUCCUCCUCGGCGGCAAGUAUGAGCUCCAACGUCUGCAAGCAUAAGACGGACCAAACGUCAACCUGCAGCAAUGUGGCAGCGCGCAAAGGCUCACGCGAGAAGGCAAGAAGCCAAGAACGCGAGAAGGUCUUGGGGAUAACCCUCGAUAGUGGGGCUGGGGGCAGGUAUGCCCAGCUGCAGGGACCAUCGGAAUAUGGAACAGUUGCGUGGUACCGGUAGGGCCAGAAUGGCUUACACAUGGAGCAGCUGUAUCGGCGCAUACCGUACAGAGAACAAGCAGCACCAGUACAACAGGCCAGGACUAUACCUCUGCUAAGUGUAGCAACAUUUAAGUUGUUGUACGACGCGCUAAUAGCAACAGUAUUAACCAUUACCUCAUGUCAACCCCCCAACUAACCGACCUUGGUGUCGUACGGCGCGUCCUCCGACCAGAGCUCCGGAGCCAUGUAGGCUGGGACGCCAUGCCUGUUGCUUGACGCCUGCUCCACCGCCUGGCUCAACCCGAAAUCGCAGAGCUGCGUGCGGGGCAGGCGGCCUGUGUAAAUAAGUUACCGUGCCUAGUAGCUAAGCGUUGGUUGGAGCCAGGCAUAGAGCAAAUUGUGUAGGGAGUAAACUAGGCGCGCAGGAGAACUGGGGCCCUAGCUGCCGCCUACCUUGACCUCCAACGAGCUUGUGAGCAGCACGUUGUCUGGCUUGAAGUCUGUGAAGCGCAUGCGUACACGCGCAGAAGUGUAGGCGGAAGCGGCAGCAGGGAGGCUGACAGACGAAGAAUGAGGGAGGUAAUGAGUGAGGGCCUUUCCCGGGCACAGCGGCCAGAAACACGCACUUACUCUAGGCUCU